CACACACACACACACACACACACACAAGAGCAGUCAGUGCCAUCCGCUUCCCUCCAACCACCACCACCCACCAAGACGCAAGAAGGAAGGAGAAGAAGAAGAAGAGAAGGUCCAUUUCCACUGCUGUGUUUGAGCUGUCCACACACCCAAGAGCCCAACCAUGGCUGGCAUCCCCGUCAAGUUCCUGGAGGUUCUCCAGGUCAAGAGCCUGGGCAUUGCUGAGGGCAGCAUUGCUUUUGCCACGCUGACGAUGGAGUCUGAAAAGUACAUUUGCGUGCGUGAGGAGAGUGGCGGCAAGAACGAGGUGGCCAUCAUCGACGUCGCCGCCGGCUCCGUCGACCGCAAGCCCAUCAAGGCCGACUCUGCCAUCAUGAACCCGUCGUCCAAGAUCAUCGCCCUCAAGGCCGGCAAAACGCUGCAGAUCUUCAACCUCGACCUCAAGCAGAAGGUCAAGUCGUGCAACAUGGUGCAGGACGUGGAGUUCUGGAAGUGGCUUGACGACACCACGCUCGGCCUCGUCACCCCAACAGACGUCUUCCACUGGUCCCUGGACGACGACAAGGAGCCCACCAAGGUGUUCACGCGCGAUGCCUCGCUCAACGGCUGUCAGAUUAUCAACUACCGCGCCAACGCCAGCAAGACGUGGGUGCUGCUCAUGGGCAUUGCCCCGCGUGACGGCCGCGUCGCAGGAUUCAUGCAGCUCUACUCCACCGAGCGCAAGGCGAGCCAGUCCAUUGACGGGCACGUGGGCACGUUCAUCAACUACCGCAUGCAAGGCAACCCGGAGGACUCUGGCCUGCUGUGCCUUGCCUCUCGCACGGCCGCUGGUGGCAAGCUGCACAUUCUGGAGGUGGGCGCAACCCCAGCCGGCAACCGCGCCUUUGAGAAGAAGGCAAAGGAGAUUGAGUUUGCCCCAGACGCCGCCACCGACUUUCCCGUCGCCAUCCAGGCAAGCCCCAAGUACAGCGUGAUUUUCCUCAUCACCAAGUUUGGCUACCUGCACGUGUACGACCUUGAGACGGGCUCUGUCAUCUUCAAGAACCGCAUCACGCAGAGCACCAUCUUCGUCACGGCGUACAACUCCAACAACGGCGGCAUCAUUGGCGUCAACCGCGCCGGCCAGGUCCUCACCGUCACCAUUGACGAGGACAACAUCGUGCCAUACAUCACCUCCCAGCUCAAGAACCCGCAGCUGGCCCUCAGCCUCGCUGUGCGCGGCAACCUCCCUGGCGCGGAGGAGGUGUUCACCACGCAGUUCAACCAGCAGUACGCCGCGGGCAACUUUGACCAGGCGGCCAUCACCGCUGCCCAGGCACCAAAGGGCGUUCUCCGCAACGCCGAGACGAUGCGCAAGCUGCAGCAGGCGCCCGUGUCCCCCGGCCAGCAGAGCCCGCUGCUCAAGUACUUUAGCACGCUGCUGGAGACGUCGAAGCUGAACAAGCAGGAGGCGAUUGAGCUGUGCCGCCCCGUCAUCCAGCAGAACAGGACCGAGCUCAUCGAGAAGUGGCUCAAGGAGGACAAGCUGGAGUGCUCUGAGGAGCUUGGCGACAUGAUCAAGCCCAUCUCGCCCAAGUUUGCGCUGUCCGUGUACCUGCGCGCCGAGGCGUCUGCCAAGGUCGUGCAGUGCUUUGCGGAGACAGGCGAGUUUGAGAAGAUUGUGCUGUACUCGCAGAAGGUUGGCUACACGCCAGAUUACGUGUACAUCCUGCGCAUGAUUCUCCGCAGCAACCCGGACAAGGCGGCCGACUAUGCCAAGAGCCUGGUGAACCAGGACCCGCCCCUCGCCGACAUCAACCAGAUUGUCGACGCGUUUGCGGAGAUGAACCUGGUGCAGCCGUGCACGGCGUUUCUGCUGGAGGCGCUCAAGGGCGACAAGGACGAGCACGCGCAGCUGCAGACGCGCCUGCUGGAGAUGAACCUCCGCGCCGCGCCGCAGGUUGCCGAUGCCAUUCUCGGCAACAAGAUGUUCACCAAGUACGACAAGCAGCACAUUGCGCAGCUGUGCGAGCAGGCCGGCCUCCUCACCCGCGCCCUGGAGAACUACACUGACCUCUUUGACAUCAAGCGCGCCAUCAUCCACACGCACCUGCUCAAGCCCGAGUUUCUCAUCUCGUACUUUGGCACGCUGAGCGUGGAGAACGCGCUCGAAUGCCUCAAGGAGAUGCUCUCCAAGAACAUUCGCCAGAACCUGCAGAUUUGCGUGCAGAUUGCCGCCAAGUACCACGAACACCUCACCACCACCGCGCUCAUUGACCUCUUUGAGUCGUUCAAGUCGUUUGAGGGCCUGUUUUACUUUCUCGGCGCGAUUGUCAACGCGUCCGAGGAUGCGGAGGUGCACUUCAAGUACAUUGAGGCUGCCUGCAAGACGGGCCAGAUCAAGGAGGUUGAGCGUAUCUGCCGUGAGAGCAACUUCUACGACCCGGAGCGCGUCAAGAACUUUUUGAAGGAGGCCAAGCUCUCGGACCAGCUCCCGCUCAUCAUCGUCUGCGACAGGUUCGACUUUGUGCACGACCUUGUCAUGUACCUGUACAAGAACGACCUGAAGAAGUACAUCGAGGUGUACGUGACCAAGGUCAACUCGAAGCGCCUGCCGCAGGUGGUUGGCGGCCUGCUCGAUGUUGACUGCAGCGAGGACGUCAUCAAGAACCUCAUCUCCGUUGUGCGCGGCGAGUUCUCCACGGACCAGCUUGUGGAGGAGGCGGAGAAGCGCAACCGCCUCAAGCUGCUGCUGCCCUGGCUCGAGUCGCGCAUCCACGAGGGCGUCACGGAGCCCGCCACCCACAACGCCCUGGCCAAGAUCUACAUUGACGCCAACAACAACGCCGAGCGCUUCCUGCGCGAGAACGAGCACUACGACAGCCUCGUUGUGGGCAAGUACUGCGAGAAGCGCGACCCGCAGCUGGCGUUUGUGGCCUACGAGCGCGGCAAGUGCGACCAGGAGCUGAUUGAGGUGUGCCACGCCAACAACCUGUACAAGAACGAGGCGCGCUACCUCGUUGCCCGCCGCGACGACGAGCUGUGGGCGCAGGUGCUUGACCCCGAGAAUGAGCACCGCCGCCCGCUGGUUGACCAGGUGGUGCAGACGGCGCUGCACGAGAGCCACGAUCCGGACGACGUGUCCUCCACGGUCAAGGCGUUUAUGGCGGCCAAGCUGCCCAACGAGCUCAUUGAGCUCCUGGAGAAGCUGGUCAUGGGUGACUCGGCCUUCAGCUCCAACAAGAACCUGCAGAACCUGCUCAUCCACACGGCGAUUGAGGCCGACGCGUCGCGCGUGAUGGAGUACAUCAACCGCCUGGACAACUACGACGCCCCGGACGUCGCCGCCAUCGCCAUUGAGUCGUCCCUCUUUGAGGAGGCGUUUGCCAUCUUCCAGAAGUUUGACGUGCCCACGGAGGCCAUCAAGGUGCUCAUUGACCACAUCAAGAACCUGGACCGCGCGUACGAGUUUGCCGAGCGCGUCAACGACGGCGACGUGUGGUCGCUGCUCGCCGGCGCCCAGCUGCGCGACGGCAUGGUGAAGGAGGCGAUUGACUCGUACAUCAAGGCCGACGACCCGACCACGUACAAGCAGGUGGUUGCCGCCGCCAACGAGAGCGGCAACUUUGAGGAGCUGGUCAAGUACCUGCAGAUGGCGCGCAAGAAGGCACGCGACGCGUCUGUCGAGACGGAGCUCGUGUUUGCCUUUGCCAAGACCAACCGGCUGGCGGACAUGGAGGAGUUUAUCACAGAGGCCAACCUGGCCAACGUGCAGGAGGUUGGCGACCGCUGCUACCAGAACGGCAUGUACGAGGCUGCCAAGAUUCUCUACACCAACGUGUCGGACUUUGGCCGCCUGUCGUCGACGCUUGUCUUCCUUGGCGAGUACCAGGCUGCCGUGGACGCCGCACGCAAGGCCAACAACACGCGCAGCUGGAAGGAGGUGUGCUUUGCCUGCGUGGAGCACGGCGAGUUCAAGAUGGCGCAGAUUUGCGGCCUGCACAUUGUGGUGCACGCGGACGAGCUUGACGAGGUGAUCAACUACUACCUGUCGCGCGGCCACUUCCACGAGCUCAUUGCCCUGCUGGAGGCCGGCCUCAACCUUGAGCGCGCCCACAUGGGCAUGUUCACGGAGCUUGCCAUCCUGUACUCCAAGUACGCGCCGGAGAAGAUGUCCGAGUACCUCAACAUGUACUGGUCGCGCGUCAACAUCCCCAAGGUGCUGCGGGCGGCGGAGAACGCGCACCUGUGGGACGAGCUCGUGUUCCUGUACGGCAAGUAUGAGGAGUACGACAACGCCAUCCUCACCAUGAUGAACCACCCGUCGGAGGCGUGGAAGCACAAGACGCUGCUGGAGAUGGUGCCCAAGGUUGCCAACACGGAGAUUUUCUACAAGGCCGUUGACUUUUACCUCGAGUUUAAGCCGUCGCAGCUCAACGACGUGCUGUCUGCCGCCGUUGCCCGCAUCGACCACACGCGCGCCGUCAAGCUGCUCUCGGACCGCAACGAGCUCUCCCUCGUCAAGCCGUACCUGCAGCUCGUCCAGCAGAACGACAACAAGCACGUGAACGAGGCGCUCAACUCUGUGCUCAUUGAGGAGGGCGACUAUGAGGCGCUUCGCCAGUCCAUCGACAAGUACCAAAACUUUGACACCAUUGCGUUGGCGCAGCAGCUGGAGAAGCACGAGCUGCUUGAGUUCCGCCGCAUUGCUGCGUACCUCUACAAGGCCAACAACAGGUGGCAGCAGUCCAUUGACAUUUGCAAGCGCGACAAGCUCUUCAAGGACGCAAUGCAGUACGCUGCCGAUUCCCGCGACGCCGAGAGCGCCCUCUCCCUCCUCAACUACUUUGUCGAGAUUGAGAACAAGGAGUGCUUUGCUGCGUGCCUGUUCACGUGCUACGACCUGGUCAAGCCCGAUGUGGCAAUGGAGCUCGCAUGGCGCAACCGCAUGAUGGACUUUGCCAUGCCUUACUUCAUCAACGUCGUCAAGGAGUACACACAGAAGGUGGACAUGCUGUCGACGCACCACGCGGAGAGGAAGGCGGAGGAAGAGUCGCAGCCGCCGACGCCAAACAUGGGCAUGCAGCAGCUCAUGCUGACGGGCGGCCCCGGCGGUAUGGGCAUGGGCAUGGGCAUGGGUUAUCCGCAGCAGCAGCAGGGCGGCUACCCACAGCAGGGCAUGCAGUAGAUAGGCUCCUGGCAACACAGACACGCUGACAGACCAGCAAUACCAAACAAAAACCACCAACACCAAUAGCACACACCCCAACACACACUCUUCGUUUCGAUUGUCUUGCCACGCCGCUUGUUGUUGUUGUUGUCUCUGUUGGUGCUGUCGAUGAUGACGAUGCUUUGGCUGCUGUUGUGUUGAUGUUCCUUCCUUCCUUCAUGUCAAGUCUGUUCGUCCGUUGUUUGUUUCGUUUGGCCUCGCCAUUGUCGCUCGGUCGUGUUUGUUCCCUCUUCCCCAAGACAUUCUGUGCUUGGGUGUGACAUGUGAUGGACCCUCUCUCCGUCCGUCUCUCGUGCUGUUGUUUCCUCAGUCAUUGCUUGAUGUAGUGUGUGCACACGCGUGUUGUUCUCUCUCGUUCGUUGGAUGUUGGUUACACGGGUCCCUCUUGUGCAUGUGUUUUUCCUUUUGUGCUCGUGUUUGUUUGUUUGUUGCUCCUUUCCUCCCCACCAGCAUAUCCGUCCAAUGAACGCAUUCCAAACAAAAACCACGCAGCUGGUGGUGAUGGUGGUGAUGAUUGUGGUGAGUGGGAAGAUGUUGCGGCACGUU